CUCGGAAGAGGCUGAACCAACAAAUCAUCUCCCAACGCCCCGAUGGCUGCCGCCACGCGAGAGGAGGCGGACCCGGGGGAACCGGAAGAUGCGCUUCCGCUGCGAAGGCUCUUCUCGCCCUCUCUGGCGGAAAGGGAGAGGUGCUGCCGGAGCCUGGCGUCGGAGAGACUGGAGACGUUUCGCCUCCCCAGGCCCAGAAGGCGCUGCUGGCGCAGCUGGCGGCGACGGAGGGGAAGCUCCGCCUGUCGGCGCUGCGGGCGCUGCUGCGCCAGAAAUGGGACGCUGAGGUGCUCAACCGGGCCGUGCGCGUGCCCCCCUUCCAGAAGGAGGAGGAGGAGACAACGCUACAAAGAGGCCCGUGGAGCAGUGGUACGGCGCCUUGUUCUUCGUGUUGGACGACGAGGACUCCGAGGUGCGGGCGGUGGGCCUGGACGUGCUGACGGCGGCUCUCUGCAACUGCGACCUGAAGGCUACGGCGCUCGAGGGCUUGUUCCAGCGCCUGGCCACCGUGGCCUCCCUGUGUCUCCACGACCCAAAGGCGGCGGUGCGGGGUCGUGCGGCCGCGGCGCUGGUGGAGGUGAUGACCUGCCGCAAAGUGGCCCUCAGCGCCGGGAAGACGGACAAGGCGAGCCCGGGGCUGGGCACGGUGCUCCAGGCCUUUGUGCGGGAUCCCCGGGUGGUGCUGGAGGUGGUGGCGGCCGCGCGCUUCGGGGACCUGCAGGCGCUGCAGCAGGCGCUGCAGUGGAGCCUGGAGGCCAAGCUGGAGGAGCCUUGGGCGCGGCGGCUGGCGCGGCACCUGGGCGCCGAACUGUUCCGCCUGGAGGCGGCGCCCAAGGAGAGCCCUCGGGCAAGCGGAAGCGCGAGGCCAAGUUGGAUCGCAGCCUGCCACCGGGGACCAGGCUCCUUACCGCGUCGCUGCUUCGGGGCGCGGACCCGGUGGCGCCGGCAGGCCUGGCUGUGGCGCUGGCGCAGGGCAAGGGCUCCGUGCAGCUGGAGAGGUGGGAGCUGAUCUGCCAGGCGGCGCAGGACAAUUUGGAGCUGCGAGGGCUGGAGGCGCUGCCAUUGAGGCAAGAUGACGGCGCCUCACCUGCCCAGUUCGGCCCUCCGAGGGCUGCCUUCGAAGAUCUCUGGCGCCAAAUGGCGCAGGCAGGCGCCGUGGAGUUGCGCCGGCUCUGCCGGCAGUUGGGUCAGUUCCAGAAGUCCUUGUCCGCGCAGCUGGAGGAGCCUGAAGAUGAGUCCGAUGCAGGCGAGCGAGGCCUGGCUCGGUGCCUCGGCGCCUACGCGGCGGCGGCGCGCUGCGCGGGCCUGGCGUUGGUGGAAGGCGGUUCGUGGGCGCGAAAGGGCUGGGCGGUGCAGCUCCAUCAGGCCGUGUCUUGGCUCAUGCACGGCUUCGCGUGGGCCGCUUGGCCCAGGGUGCUGCUGGACUUGCGCCGGCUCUCCCUGCAACUGCUGGAAGCGCCGGACCCGGGUGAGGUGCAGGCUCCGCCGCGCUUCCCGUGUCUCUCGGAAGCUCUCGCGCUGGCGGCCCCCUACGAAGCUCGGCUGGUGCUGGCCAAAAGGCCGCGCUUCUGCCGGCGAAUGGGCCUGGGCCAGGCUCAGGUGGAGGUGCGUGGGCUGCGACGAGGCCUGCGCCUGGUGGAGGCCUUCGGUUCCGAGCGCCUCGAGCUUGAGGUGCCUGACCAGGGCGAGUCCAGGUGCCGGGUGCUGCUGCCGUCGCCGGAGUUGCCGGCCACAGUGCAGCUUUUCCUGGAUGUGGAUGCGGCUGCCGCAGGCUCGGAGGCGGAGGCCGGAACCGGCCUGGAGCCGGGCGGCGCUCUGCACAGGCAGCUGAACCUGCUGCCCCUGACCUUGCCGCAAGACCUGGGCUUCGAGUGAAGUUUCGGAGCCCAAGCUCUGCUCCGCUCCGCUCAACUCGGCGCUCGGCGCCGCGAGCACCGCCUGGCCGGGUGACGGGUGGCGCGCCGGUGUCGCGGUGUCGGGGGGGGGGCGACUGUCCUCGAGUGAAGAACCGAAACCGAAACCGCAGGAAGGAGACUUGCGAAUCUGGAGGAUGGAAGAUGGCAAUUGCGCUUUUUUGUUUUUCCGAGUGUGCAAACAAGCUCUGGCUGCUUCUGGUUGCUGCGGUGUUGGUCAAUCAAUUGAGCAACUGAAGGGCAACUUCUUUCUCCCGGCAGUGGAUGGGGCAAGAAAUCGACCCUCUCGGGAGCCAAGCUGAGCAGCUUGGUGAAGAUCACUGGGGCCCCAGCCCUUGCCCUUUCGAUGAGACGGCCCAAGCGAUAGGGGGCGCAAAGCAGAUGUGGUGGAUUCGAGUAGCCUCUCAAGGAGAAAUUGCAAUAGGAAGCUCUCAGAAGCGCGAGGGCUGUGCGGCCCCCAAAUGACACGGACAUGAUCGGCGUGUCAGAAAAGCCUGGCCAAGUUUGACAUGAUCGGAGUGGACUCUUCUGACGAGCAGUCAGUCGAAGCAGCCGUGUUCGUGAGAUCAGCGCUUUUGGGCCCACCUCUACUCCCCUCGGCAUGCCGCACUCACGGGUCGGAGCCGCGACCUGCUUUGAGGAUCGUCGAGUUGCAACGCUGGAGUUUGACCUCGAAGUCAUUGCCAAUGGCCUCUGACUGGAACCCGAAGAGACUCCCUUGAUUGCCACCAGCCCCCGUCCUCGUAGAACAGACGCGGUCUAGAAGUGUCAUGGCAACGUGCUGUGCUGCACUGAUCAGGAAGACGUUGAGAAAGUGCUGGCAACAUGGGCGCGCCUCCUGGAGAUGAGGGGCGAUUUUGAGCCGCAAGCUGGUUGGGUUCUUUGUAUAGCGUGUCGGGCCGGUGAGAUUUGCUUGGUUGAACAUGCUGAACGCCCUGGCCGGGGCGAGGGUCAGCCAAAUGCAGUGAAGGUUGGAGCUGUGGAGCAUC